UGCCGAUCCGUAGCCAAUAGGAAUCGAGGAGUUACCGUAUAGUUCCAGAUGCCUCAUCGGCCGAAGUACGUGGACCUUCUGGCACCCGAAAAACUUGGAAAUGUCUUCUGGAGCACAACAGAGAAAAGAUGCCGCAUGAGUUCGCACUAAUGCAGGUGACGUCAGCAUGACAUGCCGAGUCGGAAGCCGGGUAUCCCCUGAGUAAACAUGCUCGCCGACAUAAUACGCAUAUACUCUUCCUGACGCAUAUAACUGCCUCUCGGUCCAGAUGGCCCGUUACUAACCAAACAUGUACCCUUAUCCUUCCUACCACUACUUCUAUCGUUGGCACCGCCGUCCGUCGCGUCUCCUCUGGUUCGUACUCGGAGCGGGUGCAGCUACUCUCUUCAUGAAGCACCGGGAGGCCGCUCGCGUGAACGGAAAGUUCUACUGGGGCCAUUGCCAGCGACAUUCAGUAAAUUAUGGUCCUGUUCCGCCACAAAGCCGGAUCGCCCAGUGGAGAGAAGAAACGGAGAACUGGAAGCCAACUCCACCACCGGCUGUCCCUGUGGGUAACUCAGUAUACGAGGGAAACUAUUCGAGUGGAUGGCGCGAACAGGAGUGGGAUGCAGAGAAGGAAAAGAUGAAGGCUUUUGGCAAACAGGCCCAGGAUGCCAUGACAGACAUGUCGGAAGCUACGCUGGAUUCCCUGCUUGCCACGGUGACUGCUCUCAAACAGAAACUCGCUCAACAUCGUGCCCAACGAGAGCAACAAGAGAAAUUGCUUGAAGAAGAGAUCGAGCAACACAAGAAACAUCCUCCGCGUUUUGUUUAGAACGUUGCCAACCACAGCGACACCUAUUUGCAAUCAUCUAUAACUUUCCAGCAGUCUUCAGCACUCUGUAUUACCACCCAAUCCAUUAAUGUAUAGUCGACAA